AUCUUGGCUCUGUCCUUGCAAGAGAAUGAAGCUGAAAACCGCAGAGCGGAGGGUCCCUUUGUUUGGAAGUUUGUUUUGAACUUUGAGACUCCAGAAUGGAGAUAAACACGUCUCACUCGGAAACAGGCAAAUGCUCCUGGGUGUUGGAAAACCAGGUGACAUUUGAGAUCAGCUGAAGAAGAAGGAACAGCCAUCCUGAUUUGCCGUAGGGCCGUGGGGAAGGAGAGGGUACAGAACUAAGUGAAAAAAGAGAAAAUCACAGGUCCAGUGGGAAGCAAAACCAGAUGCAGGUGAUAAGUCUAAAGGCUUCUUUGUGGAAGAGUUGAGUGGGGUGCAGAUGGUCAAGACCACAUUCUCAAGAUGCAGGAACCUGGGAUGGGAAUGCCCUACUAGAGUUCUUGGUUCUCAGCUUCUGGGUGUGUUGUGGUUGGAGUUUGGCAGAAGAUCUGACCAUGUUCCAGGCUGAUGCAGAGACCUUUGAUCCCCCAGGGGCACCACUAGUUUGUGGCUGAGCCCCAGGCCCUGAGCAAAGACUAGACUUCCCACCAGGAAAUGGUGCUUUGCGUGGUGCUCCCUGACUCCAGUUCUGUUCCUCUUUCCUCCCUGGGGGAGCUCCCAAACUGGGGUGGAAUUGGCAGGACACAGGCCUGUUUUUCUGGCCCAAACAGUUUGGUGAUAGAGCCAUACUUUUCUUCUUGUUGCUUACAUUGUUUUGUGCAGAAAUGUUUAAAAAAAAAAAAUCAAAGGGGUUCCUGAGGUCUUUGGGAAGCUUCUGGGGGGCAGGGAACAAAGGAACUGGCUUUGAGAUCAGAGCACUGGGGGCUGCAGUGCUGACUGCGGGGAGCUCUGGGCAGACGGUCCCACCACAGGGUUCUGCUGUGGCCCCGUACUCACAUCCGACCACAGCCCGAGCCUCCUUCCUGAUAGUCGCCCUGCCAGCAGAAGCCAGGAGCUGGGGUGGAGCCAGCUCCGGAUGGGAAUCUGGGAGAUCUGGGAGCUGGACUCAGCCCUGCUGUUCCCUUGGUCAAGCUUCCCUGGGCUCAGUUUUCUUAUUGGGAUCUAAAAGGGAUGUCAGUGAGCCUUCUAACCUACUCUUCCAUUUUACAGAUUAAGGGACUUUGCCUUACUCAUUAUUCACCAAUCAUCUCUCUUCUGCCUACAGUACUGCUUUGUAGCAACCUCCCUGCUCUGCCUUCCUUUAAUAAUGCCAGUCAUUUCCUCACGAUGCCCUCAAGUCCUGUCUUCUCCUGGAAACCAUCCUCUGAGCUCCUCUAGCCCUGACUGCCCAGGCCAGUCAUUAUCUCCUACCCACCCCUCCUUUUGGCUCCCUACACGGAAGGAGUCCCUGGCCUUGCGGUGAGUUUGUCCAUCUUGGAACUUUGCACAUGCUGGUCCCUACACCUGCUUUGCUCUUCCCCUGUUUCUUUGCAAAGCUGGAAGCUCAUCUUCCUUUAGGUCUUCGCUUAAUUGCUGCCUCCCUAGAGAGGCCUUGCAUGACCAGCUAGCUAAAGUAUCCUGAGAAUCUUUAAUUAAUGGGUGGAGUGAAAACCUCUCAGACAACACGGACUUACUCAUCUCAGAGUUCAGUUAAAUUAACUCCCAUGCCCUCCUACCCUGAAUUGGCUGGCUUCCCUCUUUAUUCACUUGGCUCUUUAAGACCUAACUUCUAUCUCAGAAUAUGGUCUUCCAAUAUAUCCUUUAGAAUCUGCCGAGGGCGCCCCUCUCUCAUAGGUAUUAAGAAUUACAAGUGGGUCUUCAUGGUGGCACAGCUGGACCUUACAGCGCUGUCCUGUGCAAGAGAAAAGCAUCGGCAAUCGGAGGACCUGAGUUUCGGGUUUGCCCUCACUUCCUAGCUAUGCGACCUUGGGCAACCAAUUAAUUCUUGUCUGAAUCUACUCAGCUGUAAUGAAUAACAGUUGCCUUUAAACAUUAUUAUAAUACAUAUUAUAAUUAUCCCUUUCCUGUGUGUACCUCAGGGUUGUUCCAGGAAUGCAAUGAGAAACUGCGUGCUUUGUGAGUGAAAGUCUAUGCAAAGUAGGUGAUGAUUAUUUUUCCCUCAUCUCAUUACAAAUUAGCCAUUCGAGCUCAGUUAUUUACACAGAAUUUGCAGAAGGUAACAUCCUAUACCCUGAUGCCCAGGAAGGCCAUGGCAAAGGGCAAGCAGAAGGCUGCGGUAUGUGUGUGCUCGUCAUUUCCCCAGGAACACCAUUAACGUGCACUGCGCUGCUUGGCCUGACUUUGCAAUCCACAGGCCUCCUGUAAGCACCGCAUAACCCCAGAAAGGGCAGCAAGCCUCUAUUUAUGAGAGAAUCCCACAGUUGACUCCCCAGCAUCGGCGAGUUUUGGGUUGCCCUUGCUGUGCUAACAUUAGAGCUCAUCGAAAAGAAGUCCCUCCUUCUACAGAGCCCCAGUGGGCGUUGGGGGAUUUGGGCAGUAACCAUAAGGCAAGGCCUCUGGCGUCUAGAGGAUCACUAGGUGCUUAGAAAUUCCCAGGACCCAUUCUGCUUCCAUUUGGGAAUUGCAUCUAAGAGUCGAGGCCUCCUUCCACCAUAGAGAAAUCCUCACAAGGUGGGCAGAGAGGAAGUUUCAUUGCAGCGGGAUUGUAUUUGUGAUACAAAGAGAAUUGGAAACAAUAUAAAUGACACUGCAGAGGGAGCUGAACAGUGGCAUAUCGUCCUAAGGAAUGGCACCCAGCAACUAGCCAAAUGAGGUGGGUGCUGAUGAUGUCAUAACCUGCUCAAGACCUAGUGUCCCGUGGGGGCGAGGGCAAGCUGCAGACCCAUACCUACAGUACACCACAAAUGAUUAAGACAAACAUGUAGAAAGCCCACUAUCUUCCCUAGGAGUGCAUGUUAGGGCAUAAGAUGUGGUCUGGAAUAAUGACAGUAUUUAGCUCCAGGUGAGAAAGAUGUGGGGCACCGACAGAUGGCCAGGAUUGGGGGAGAGGUGGCUUAGGGGGACACUGGACUUAGGGACCAUGUUUCAUUUCAUGUUUUUAUUUUUUAUUUUUAUUUAUUUAUUUAUUUUUUAUAAAGAUUUUUAUUUUAUUUAUUUGACAGAGAGAGAGACAGACAGCUAGAGAGGGAGCACAGCAGGGGGAGUGGGAGAGGGAGAAGCAGGCUCCCGGCCGAGCAGAGAGCCCGAUGCGGGGCUCGAUCCCAGGACCCUGGGAUCAUGACCUGAGCCGAAGGCAGACGCUUAACAACUGAGCCACCCAGGCGCCCCUCAUUUCAUGUUUUUAAAAUAAGGGAAAUGUAUUCGUGAGUUCUUGUAUGAUUAAAAAUUAAUAAUAAUGAUUUAAAAAAUUAGCCUUAGGCUCUCUUGAGCCCUUUCUCUGGGCUGGCAGGGCUGGUUCAUGACUGACUAACCUUGUAUGAGUCACGGUGCCUAAAGGGAAUGAGGGGCCCACUUUCCAUCUCCGUGCUGGCUGGUCCUGGGGGCUCCCUUGGCCUUGGAGCCCUGUCCCAUGCCAGGUGCUGAGUGUAAGCACAGCGUGGCCAGGGUCCUCCUGUAUCUGACCUGGAGACUCAACACGACAGAAGGGUCUGCACCGCAUAGUCGACACAGACCCGUAAAAACUGAGCCUGGAGCCCCCAGGCCGAAUCUCAGUCCUGCUUCCACCUCCCAGCGUCCUCGGACAAGUGGCCCCGCAGGCUCUGACCUCUCUCCUACCACCUUCUCCUUGUUCUCUCUGUUCCAGCCGCACUGGCUUCCUGUCUGCUCACUCUGCCUCCCUCGCGUGCCUUGGUGUUUAUGGUUGCUGUUCCUUUUCACCAGAACCCUCUUCCCUCUGACUUCCACAUGACUGGCUACGUCUCAGGGGUCAGAUCUCCUCUCCAGCUGCCUCUUAGAGGGGUCUUCUGAGUUAUCCCCUCCCUGUCAGUCCUUCUCCACCAACCCAUGCUAUUUUAUUUCUCUGAGAGCAGGAAACACCACCAGAAUUAUGUUGUAGAACUGAUUUAUGCACUUUUAUGAACUGUGUGGCUCCCUGGAAGGCAGGUGCAUUGGGAGCGGGCACCUGCCCUGUCCUUCUCUGUAGCCCAAGAACCGAGAAUGGAGCCUGGCACAUAGUAAGUGCUCAGUAAAGAGUAUGUGAGUGAAUGUACAACCUUCACAAGCCCAGUGAAAACAGUGCACCAGGAGAAGCAGGAUUCCAAUGUCCCUUCCAGUCCCUUCCAGUCCCUUCUGGUCAAAAGUCAAGUCCUUGAGAGAGGCAGGAGUGGCUGAAGGAACAGGCCCCAUGGCUCUUCUUCUCAAGUCAGCUGCUGCAAGGCUCAAAGUGUGGGGCCCUUUUACUUAAUGCCCAGAUGCUUCAGUUUGCUCAUUUAGAAGAUGAGGGAUUGGACCCCACAGAGCCGCCAGAGCCACCCGCCUCCCCCGACUCCGCGUCGCCGCCAUGGCCGACGUGGAAGACGGCGAGGAACCCUGCGCCUUGUCCGCUCACUCCGGGAGCGCAGGCUCCAAGUCGGGAGGCGACAAAAUGUUCUCUCUCAAAAAGUGGAAUGCGGUGGCUAUGUGGAGCUGGGACGUGGAGUGCGAUACGUGCGCCAUCUGCAGGGUCCAGGUGAUGGAUGCCUGUCUUAGAUGUCAAGCUGAAAACAAACAAGAGGAUUGUGUUGUGGUCUGGGGAGAAUGUAAUCAUUCCUUUCACAACUGCUGCAUGUCCCUGUGGGUGAAACAGAACAAUCGCUGCCCUCUCUGCCAGCAAGAUUGGGUGGUCCAAAGAAUCGGCAAGUGAGAGUGGUGGAAGGCUUUCUUAGUGCAUUUGUUUGGAGUCCUGGUGGAUCUUGUUAUCAAGUGCCCUACAAAGGCCAGAACUCUCCAGGGAACUAAUUCUUCAAAUAAGAGGAGAUGGCUCUGUGGUCUUUUGGUACUCAUCAGAGGCAUGGUUUAGCAUUUUGUUAGUUUUAUUUUCAGAAAUUCUCUACAAUUAAGAAGAUAAUUUAUUAAAGAUGGUCUUUCCUACCUCACUGCUUAGAAGUGCUUUAAAGGAGGAGAGAGCUACAAAUUGAAUGACUUUAUAAUUUACUUAUUGAUAUCCAAAGGGCUGUGGAAGCAGUUCCAUUCAGAAGAGAACUUGUUGCAUGCUUAUAGUUGAUCAGUAAAAAAAAAAAAAAAAAGACUGUUAUAGUAACAAAUAAAGUGCAGUUUAAAACCCAACUCUUAUCCUUAUUUUGUUCCUGAUAUUUAUUUUUGGCUGGGAGGGGGUGAUUCAUGAAAUCUUUACUUGAUAUAAUGAAAAUUUUAAGUUUGGACCAGUGAACAGGGUAAAUAAAAUUUAACCUUCGGGCAUAUGGAAUUUCGAUUGUCUUUUAGGCUAUCAUCCUCUGUCUUUGGCUCAUCAAGAAUACCUAAAUCUCCACUCACCUCACUGUUCAAUCAUUGAGCAGUAAAGAACAGAAGUAUUUUUAAGUUCUGGUCAGAUUCUGUAUUAAUUAAACUGUGGAAUGUUUUAGGUGGAAUGUUAAUGAGGGGAAAAUGUUUACCACUGUAGCAUUGGAUCAAAAAGUUUAUUUUAUUACACGAUGUUUUAAUAAAUGGUUUAUUCUGUUUA